UUUGGCUUCUGUCUCCUGCUUGGCUACAUGUUUUAGAGCUGGUGGUCAUUGUAAGCAGCCCCCCUGUGUUGUGAGCACGGCCCAGGGUGGACUUUGGCCUCCGUGUUGGCAGACCUGUCCCUCAGCAGCCCAGUGGGAAUGGCGGGCUGUGUCCAGCUGCUGCUGAUCCUCCUGGCCCUUCAGAGCGCCGAGCCCUCAGCUUCAGUCAGACGGAGUCAAUCACCCUCCCGGCCCUCAGCGGCCUCCCAGCCCCUCCUGCCUAGCACAUUGGCCACUGCCAGCCACCAUCAGAGCCCUAGAAGCAGAGGGCAGGUCCGAGCGUUUCUUUCUGCCUCAAAAGCAAAUGAAGUUCUGGUAAGAUGGAAGCGUGCUAAGUCCUAUCUUUUGGAAGAGUUCUUUGAAGGAAAUUUGGAAAAAGAAUGUUAUGAAGAAAUUUGUGUCUAUGAAGAAGCAAGAGAAGUAUUUGAAAAUGACGUGACCGCUGAUGAAUUCUGGAAAAACUAUAUGGGUGGCUCCCCGUGUGUCUCCCAGCCCUGCCUCAACAACGGGUCAUGCCACGACAACAUCCGCAGCUACACCUGCACCUGCUCCUCGGGCUAUGAGGGCAGGGACUGUGCCUUUGCUAAAAAUGAAUGUCACCCAUUGAGGACUGAUGGGUGUCAACACUUUUGCCAGCCGGGACAGGCAUCCUACAUGUGCAGCUGUGCAAAAGGGUAUAAGCUGGGCCAGGACCACAAAUCGUGCAUCCCAGGUGAGAAGUGUGCGUGUGGAAUCCUGAAUCCAGAAUGCAUCGCAGCAACACAGAACAGCAAACAGAACCUUCAAAUAUUCCCAUGGCAGGUAAAACUAACAAAUUCCAGAGGAAAAGACUUCUGUGGUGGUGUUAUAAUACAGGAAAAUUUUGUACUGACAACAGCAAAAUGUUCACUGUUACACAGAAAUAUUAGUGUGAAAAUAAAUUUUCACAGAACGAAUGAGGACCUGCUGAUUGAGGUGAAGAGCAUCCAUGUGCACAUGAGGUACGAGGAAGAGACCGGGGACAAUGACAUUUCGCUCUUGGAACUGGAGCUGCCCAUCCAGUGCCCGGACAUGGGGCUCCCUGUCUGUAAGCCCGAGAGGGACUUUGCAGAGCAUAUCCUCAUCCCAGGAACAGGGGGCCUCCUCACUGGCUGGACACUCAAUGGCUCUGAGCUGGGCAACACGCUGACGCAGAUGCCAGUUACGCACAUGGACAGCGAGGAGUGUGGCAGAGCCCUUAAUGUGACAGUCACAACGAGGACAUACUGCGAGAGGGGAGCAGUGGCCAGAGGGGUGCAGUGGGCAGAGGGCAGUGUAGUCGCCAGAAAACACAAAGGUACCUGGUUCCUGACAGGGAUUCUGUGUUCAGCACCCGCAGAAGGGUACAGACGUGUGUUUCUUCUCACCAAGAUUUCAACAUACUCACUCUGGUUUAGACAAAUCAUGAACUGACUAAACCCAGCUAACCAGAAAGAAAAAAAUAUGCAGUAGGAUUCCAAAUUUUAACUGCAAGCAUGGAGUUAAAUUGAAAUUUCACAGCAAAAAGGUUGUGACAGUUUCUGAACAAGUUACCCAGUCUACAAACCAUUGGUUAUCGCUUAUGGGCUCAUCAGAGUGCUGUGACAGUUCUUUCCUUGGGACUUUUUUUUUAUUUUUAUCUAAACAAAGAUCUUAAGAAAAUACGAGAUACAUUAAAGAAUAAAAACGUAUCUGUUGAUCAUAAUAACUCAGUUUCUUAAAAACUCUCUCCUUUUCCAACUCUAAUGCUUUCUGAUGCUAUCGAGUCAAUGAACGUGGGUUAGUCUAUCAACAAACAUACAAUAAGUAAGUGUAUGUCUUUGGGAUGGAAGCUUCUAAGAAUUGCUAGUUAUAGACAAAGAGUGACCUCACAGUUGUGCCAGGUUCGCUGAUUGCCAGUGUGCAUGAAAGGGUUGCUUGGUGUUAGAAGAAGCAACUAUAACAGAAGAGGUAGCACCAAAGAAAAAAAUAAAACCGAGAGGAAUACCAUACAGUUUUAAAGAAAGAAUCAGGAAGCACAAGAGGUUGAAAGAAGACAGAAAAUGUGAUGCAUUUAAACAGGGCUAUGUGCUCAGAGAGGCACUUCCCAUGGAGGGAAAACUCCCAGGCAGGUUCCAGGGAGCUGCUGGAUCAGAGCCAGCACCGAGUCCCUCAACUCCGCUACUCAACCAGCUCGCUGGUUCUGUUAACACCUUUGUGCCACAUUCCUGGGAUCUAAAUGCUGUAAUAAUAGCAUCCACCAAACAGAGCUGAGUUGAAAGCUGGAAGCGUGUUGAAUCACAGUGAUUAUCUAUUAUCAUGAUGAAGACUGCAGCCUCAACACAGAAUGACAGAACUCAAGUCCGGCCCCAAACUGUGCUUCCCUGCAGAGCAGAACUCCAUUCCACACUGGGGUCUGAGUUUGUGCCAGGAUAAAAAGUGAGAGCAAAUGGAUGGAAAUGUUUACUUUUAGGUUAAUCUCUUAGUGCUUAAGUUAAGGAACUGGCAAAACUGCUCCUCAACUAAGUGCAUAUUAUUUCCAGUCCCCCCGUUUCCCUGAGAGAAAUAAGAGCAGCUUUAAGCUAACUGCUCUGUAGACCCGCAGACGUGGUGGAAAGAGGGCAGCGCUAACUCCAGGAGCAUUACUAGGGGGACUGUGGUCUGCCAGUGCCUUCUUAUUGUUGAAGAGUAGAGAUAAUUUUAAGGGAUUAUAAAUGUGAGUUGAUUUGGACACUCUUGAGUGAACUACAGGGAGUUUAAACACAAUUCAGAUUUUUAAGUCUAACAGUUCUAAAAUACACUAAGUAUCUCUUUCAUUUCUGAUAUUAUACUUUAACCCAAGAAUUUAACUUUUGGGGGGGGGGGCAAUCUGUAGAUGCAUUGGCCCAUUUCUCUGAAAGUCUUCUUUUAUUUGAAGUUUAAUUAUUUGAGAUCCUGUUGGGACCAGGCCCAAGUAAAUAUAGCUUAAUCUAAUGCAGACUAAUGGUGAGGGCAGUGGGGGACCAAAGCGAAUUUUAAAGUCUUAACAAAAUUUGGUAUCACAGAAGACAUAAUAAAGAAUAUGCCAUUUGUAUAAAUUCAGGAUGCCUUUUUUAUAGAAAGACUUAUAUAAAAAGUUACAAAGAUGCAUUUAUGAACAACACUUAUGGAGAAGUAAACUAUAGCUGCCUGAGACAGAGCCUCCUUCACAGAAGUUUCACCAACACGCCAGAGCCAAAGGAGGGGUCUGCAAUGUCUGAAAAAGGAAUUCCAGGUCUCCGUGAGGUUGACAUUAGUUAUGAGCGAUGACGGAGAUUUCAAGGUGUCCGUGUGUGAUGGCAAGUUCAGUUUCAGCAUCCCUGGGUAAAGAGCCCCAGACAGAUUCCAGCUGCAGAGAAUAAAAUCUUGGCACAGGAAUGAUUUCAUCAGCACAAUAAAAAAC